AUGUCUUUCAAGUCCAUUGCAGUGUCUCUACCGUUGCUUUGGCGUUGUGCCACCGCACUUCCAGCGGGGCCCGGCUUCUUUCCAAAUGGAUCUACACCUUCGGCCACAUCUGAGAUACACUCUUCUUCGGUGUACGGUCUCAUCGAUAAUUAUGACGCGGGGAACUGGUUGAGCAAGUUUGAUGUUCAAGACAUCUCUGAUCCUACACACGGCUUCGUCGACUAUGUCAAUGCUCAAGAUGCGCAGAACCUCGGACUUCUCAAGAUGCAGAAUGGUCAAGUGUACAUGGGUGUCGAUACAUCAUCUCAUCUCGACCCCAAUGGCUCAGGCCGCAAGAGUGUCCGAAUCCAAAGCAAGACAUCCUACAACAGAGCUCUUGUCAUUGCCGACAUUGCACACGCGCCCGGAAGCGCCUGGAUGGUCGGCGCAAACUGGCCUAACCAAGGCGAACUGGACAUCUAUGAAGGUGUCCAUCUGAACACGUACAACCAAGUCACCCUACACACCGCACCUGGCUGCGCGCCCAACGUCGGUCCCGGCGGCGAGCAGGGCAGUCGCGUUGCGAAUGCAGACUGCGGUGCUGGCGGAGGCUUCAACGGCUGUGGCGUCUCGUCCAACAGCCCAGUGUCAUACGGCACCGCGUUCAACGCAAACGGCGGCGGCGUUUACGCAAGUCUCUGGACAAGCUCAGGCAUAAAGGUGUGGUACUUCGCAAGCCGCGAUGUACCCAGCAAUAUUCGAAGUGGCAACCCUAACCCGGAUAGCUGGGGCACCCCCAUGGCAAACUACGGCAAUGGUGGAUGUGACUUUAACGGAAGGUUUAGGGACAUGAACAUUGUCUUUGACAUCACCUUCUGUGGUGACUGGGCUGGUGGUGUAUGGGGUUCAACCUCUUGUGCUGCGAUCAACCCAAGUUGCAAUGCGUACGUGGCGUCGCAGCCGCAGUCAUUCUACGACGUGAGUGUCUAG